AAAUCUUUAUGAAGCUUGGCCUUUCGUGAGUGGCCUACAAGCUGAGUUCUUCCCAUCUUCAUCUUCUUUGCGAAAACAAACGGCAAAGGUAUGUUUGGACUCUGCGAAUUUGUGAAUGGGUGAUCCUCAUGAGAAAUGAUUCCAGCCCAUGGUCAUGGCCGAUACCUCUAGUUAUGAAAAUUUCUACAAGGAGCUCACGAAAAGGCUCAGAGAUGCCCUUGUUGAGCUUGCAAGCUCCAGCCAGAAAAGCCCUCUGUUGAAUCACAGGAACGAGUUGAUCGAUUCUCAUCUUCGAUUCAUCUGUCCACUACUUUUCUAGACUCCUGAUCAUCCACCGUAUUCCCCGGUCUGGCUUAAUGCGAAGCAAUUUGAUUGACUUUUCCAUCAGAUGACUAAACUGGGAUGCUUGCAGACGAUGCACCGAGCUAUUGAAGCACUGAAUGAGGAAGGGGGUUCAACAGAGCAAUCCAUAUCUUCACACAUCAGACCACAACACCAUGAACUCCCGUGCGCAGCCACAAGGCCUUCCUCUCUCAUCAUUACAAAAGAUUAACGGAUCAAGGGCAGCUCCUUGUCACUCCUCAGGGCACCUACACUCUCCCAAACCAGCACAUUCCUCGGCCCUGUGGAGAAGACCAACGCGAGCAGACGCAAAGAACUGGUCUUGCAUCCGUCCUGCGAUGGCCAAUACGGUGGCAAGAAGAAGCGGCUCAACAUCUGUCAUCAGCAGACGCGAGGGAAGCCCAUCUGGCGUCACGUUACGGCCCGUGAAGCUGAGGGGAGAAGAUCUGAAGGGAAAUGCAGGAAAGAGUCUUAGGAAAGCCAGAUUCGUAGGGCGUGACGGAUCAAGAUGAAAGGCAAAGAAAUUGAUGUUCAUAAAAAAAUACGACGACAAUGUGGGCUUCGAAUCUGGAGUUUUGGUCUCAAGUUCCAAAGUACAUACCCAAUAGUGGGCACAAAUUCAGACGAUCCAUAUCGAUAUCUCUCAGUUUGACUUUUUCUCAUAGUUUCUAUCCUUCAGACAAUGUGAUAUUUUCUAUUUCUAGCGGGAUUCUUGGGUUGGGUUGUUGGUGGUGAUUUUGAACGAUAAUCAUUCGGCGUUAUAAAGGGUUUAUUACUGUCUGAUCAUCUUCUUAACGAAGAUUAUCUGCUGAUCAUAAUGAUCCCAUCCACCUUGAUCCUUGAGAAAGGAAGCUCCUUUUUCAGCGGUGGUGCGUAUCAAUAACCGGGGGCGAUUUUGGGAAGAUCGUAAAAGGACAGCACACAUGACAUUCCCUCCACGUCACUCCAUUCUCUCUCUCUCUCUCUCUCUCUCUCUCUGUGUGCACGUAUCUUCGUCAAUAAUGUCGCGACAGCUCGCUCGAGAAGUUGGAGCAAUAGCAGGUCAAGCGCUGGUGAUCCACAAUUCGUGUUCGUUUCGAAAUGAGGGGCAACAAUUUCGUGGACGGCGUUCGUCGCUGGUUCAAUCGUCGCUCGUCCACGACAGUGCCGAGCAACGGCCACAACCAUCACGACCGAAAUAGCGGCAACGGUUAUCGCGGCCCCCUUUACGGAGAGCGUCACGUGUCCUUGAGCGAAUCUCACGCUCGAUCCCCGAAUGGUGCGGGUGAUGAUAGCGAAGGGGGAGGACAAAAGGAGAUUCUCGCGGUCGUUGAGGAUUUUGGCAUCUCCGGAUUGUGUCUGAUCAAGGUUCCUAAACGGACCCACUUCAAUAUGGCUGUCGAUUCUCACAAAAAGGGAACUCCUGAAGCAGAUUUUUUUACAGAGUAUGGUGAAGCUAGUCAAUAUCAAAUUCAAGAAGUAAUUGGGAAAGGAAGUUAUGGUGUGGUUGGUUCUGCUAUUGAUACCCACACUGGAGAAAGAGUUGCAAUCAAGAAAAUCAAUGAUGUUUUUGAGCACGUUUCUGAUGCCACUCGCAUUCUCAGAGAAAUAAAGCUCCUUCGGCUGCUUCGCCAUCCAGAUGUUGUGGAAAUCAAGCAUAUCAUGCUUCCUCCCUCGCGGCGGGAAUUCAGGGACAUAUAUGUUAUAUUCGAGCUGAUGGAAUCAGAUCUUCACCAAGUUAUUAAGGCGAAUGAUGAUCUUACCCCUGAGCACUAUCAAUUUUUCUUGUACCAGCUUCUUCGUGGUCUAAAGUAUAUUCAUGCCGCUAAUGUUUUCCAUAGAGAUUUGAAACCGAAAAAUAUUCUUGCUAAUGCUGAUUGCAAAUUAAAGAUAUGCGAUUUUGGGCUUGCCCGUGUAUCCUUCAACGAUGCUCCAUCAGCUAUAUUCUGGACUGAUUAUGUUGCAACUCGGUGGUAUCGAGCUCCGGAACUCUGUGGUUCUUUCUUCUCCAAAUACACCCCUGCGAUUGAUAUUUGGAGCAUUGGAUGCAUAUUUGCGGAAAUGCUCACAGGAAAACCGCUAUUUCCUGGGAAAAAUGUGGUGCAUCAACUGGAUCUGAUGACUGAUUUGCUUGGCACUCCUCCUCCUGAAGCCAUUGCAAGGAUUCGUAAUGAAAAGGCUAGAAGGUACCUUAGUAACAUGCGGAAGAAACAACCUGUUCCUUUCAAGCAAAAGUUCCCUAAUGCAGAUCCACUUGCUCUUCGCCUGCUGGAGCGCCUUCUUGCAUUUGACCCUAAAGAUCGUCCAACUGCUGAAGAGGCACUAGCUGAUCCGUAUUUUCAUGGUUUGGCCAAUUUGGAACGCGAACCAUCUGCUCAACCCAUCUCAAAACUUGAGUUUGAGUUUGAGAGAAGAAAACUAACGAAAGAUGAUGUCAGAGAGUUAAUUUACCGUGAGAUAUUAGAGUAUCAUCCUAAGAUGCUCCAGGAGUAUCUUCGUGGAGGAGAUCAAAUAAGCUUCAUGUACCCAAGUGGUGUUGAUCGAUUCAAGCGACAGUUUGCCCAUCUGGAGGAGCACUAUGGUAAAGGUGAAAGAAGCAUUCCAGUCCUAAGGCAAAAUUCUUCCUUGCCGAGGGAGAGAGUUCACGAACCUAACGAUGAUGGUGAGAAGCCAGGUGCCUCUGUUGCCACCAGCCCUCCAAACGCAGCGCAGCAGUCUAAUAAUUUGGGGAAUCCAAACUCAGAUGCGCAACAUGAGCCCAACCAACCGAAUAGUACACGUUACUUAUUGAAGAGCGCUAGCAUAAGUGCUUCCAAGUGCAUUGGCGUUAAGGGAAGAGAAACCAAGCAUGAGGAGGCUGAAGUAAAUGACGAGGCUAUUGAUGGGUUGUCUCAAAAGGUCAAGGCUCUCCAUGCUUGAUGACUUCAACUCCAUUCAAGAAAGGGAUUGCCGAUGCAGCUUGUAUCCGGUGGUUAUUGCCGAAGAAGAAUGCUCAACAUUUGUCACACAGUUCACGAUCCCUUUUUGUGCAGCGCUGUGACUGAUGGAGAAGGAAGUGUUUUGAUAUUCAGAUAGAGAGUUUUGCGUGAGAAUACCAUGUAUCAACACGCUUAGGCUGUCAUGUAUAGUAGUUUCCUAAUGACAAUUUGUUGGAGCCCUUGUACAGAUGGAUUGAUAAAUCAGUUGAUUUUCAAAGUUAAUCCCUUUUCUUCA